UAAAUCAUGGUUUUGUGUAUUAAAUGUGCAAUGGAUUAACCUAAAACUUCAGUUAGAUUACCAUUGAAAAGGUUUAACUUCAUUUGCAUGAAAUCUUAGAUUUAAUUAAUUGUGUUUUUAUUGGGAAAGGAUAUCAGGAAUUUUAGAAGUGGAAAGUGUGAGUGCGCUAAUCAAGUAUUGAUUUACCGAAGUCAAGUUCAGAUCAGAUAUCAGAUGACAAGGGAGUGAGGAGACGCCAUGACUUUCAAAUAGGUGACCCUGCAAUUUAAAUGUGCUGGUAGUCAUGGAAACGGACAUAGCAGAGGAUCUGCAGGGGGAUGAGACCAUCAGCCUGUCAGAUGUGCUGGUGGCGCGCGACUCCUGUCUGCCGGAGGAUGAGUUGUGGGCCCUGUGUCGGGAGUGCUGCCUCGUCCUGGAGGUGGUCAACAACUCACCGGACAGCUUUCAGACACUCUGUGUCACCCCUGACACCGUGGCCUUUGACCAGGUCGGCAAUGUCUGCUUUCUGGAUCUAGACGUCGACCCUGAGCCCAUUUACCUUCCACCAGAGUAUAGCACUGCCGGGAACUCCUACAGGGCCCACCUGUUUUCCCUUGGCAUGACCUUGCUGUACGCUGCUGAGUACAAUGUGGACCACAACAAAGAGGCGAUCUCGCCGGAACUGCGUGAGAUCCUAGGACGUAUGACUGCAGACGACCCGGCCCUGCGACCUGACCUGGAGUCCACCAUCAUUCUGUGUGAGGAGCAGCUGUGUGGCCAGUCAUCACAGGAAGUGUGCUGUGGCAUUGCAGCGGUGGUGGGGUUUGGAAUACCUUCAGAAGAGCAUUUUGACGAAUCCAUUGCCACGGAAACGUAUCCAACAGGAGCGUCACCUGAGGAGUAUUCACAUGCUGAGUCUUUCAUCGUGUCGGAGCAAGGGGAGGCAACCUACUGCGACGAUAUUCCAGAUCUUACCGAAGACAUUUCCCAGGUAGAGUCCCUACCUUUGUCUGAACACGAAACAGUGGUUGUCACGGAAACAUCAGAGUCACAGAAUGAUUCUAUGCAAUUAAGUGAAGAUUCAGAGAUGGAUAGAAAGACAAAAACAAAUGCCUCCUCCCUGAAAAGUGAAAGUGUAUCUAACAUGUCUCAUAUGGCAAAUUUCAAUCCAAAACCUGCUCUACCACGAAAGCCAGACCUUAACACCGUGAUGAAUAACAGUGAAAAUGGUAUGUCUGGUAAAGGGGAGAGUGAAGUGAAAGUUUCCGAGCUUUUCAGUGAAAGUGAUAUGUCAGAGCAAAGUAAAAGGCUACCGGAGAAAAAGUACAGUGACCGUAAACAUAAAAUGUCAAGUAAUAGUGGAUCAGAGGUUGGGAGAAGUGAGUCUAAAACCAAAGAACGUAAAAGUAGCAGCUCUUGUUCCACAAAGCAGGAGAUGGUGAAGGACAGUAACCAGAAUAUAACGUUCCUGAAACAUGACGAUGUGAGAAUAAGUAAGGGGGGUGAAUCAGUGUCAGGGGACGUAUCUGUGUCCAGCGUGAAGAAUGAGCUGCUGACAGAGCCAAGCGGCGGGAAAAGCAGACGCAAUAGACGUAAACAGGGGUUGACAAUAACUGACAUUCUGGAUGCACUUGAUCGUUACCUAUCAGAGGAAGAGUUAUGGGCCUUGUGCAAAGAAGGUAUUGCUGCACUGCAAAGGAAGAAAAAACACCUCCCAGCGUACCUGUCACCCGACACUCUAGUGAUACGGGAGUCUGGCAACCUGUCGUUUAAGGCAAUACCGGAAGAGAAACCUUUAGAGACAAUCUUCAUGGCCCCGGAAUUACGGGAAAAGGGAGAACUCACUGAGAAGACGUGCAUGUUUGGGUUGAGCGUGACAGUGCGGUGUGCCGCCGGCAAGAAGCAUGGCCCCGUGAGUUCCCUGGGGGUGGGGCAGGCCUUGAAGGACCUGUUGCAGUACAUGACAGACCCAAGUUCUGCUAAACGACCAGAGUUGGUAGAUGUUGCCAAGAUUUGCAAUGAGCACAGCAAGGGUGUUAGUUCUGAUGGAGUGUGUGCGAGGCUUUUCCAGGAUGCCUAUAAUGCCAUGAUUGAAAAAGAAAACAAGGCCAUCCAACCUCAGCCUAAGGCUAAAGCAGCAGCUGUGGAAACCAGAAGUACCCCACCCUGCACCCCAUCUGCAUUCAAACCAGCAGGCGGUGCUUCAUUCCAACCAAUCAAACCUUUGGCUGUCGGCCCAACGACUGGUUCGUUUUCCAGUACAGGUGCUUUCUGUCCAAUUCCAAAAAAGCAAGAUGCAAAGAUAGAUAUUGGAGAACCAAGAAUACCAACAGCUUUCUCCUCCCCCGCCACUCAUUUUAAGCCAAUCAUAUUGCACCAGACAUCCAUAACAGCCAAUGAAAAAGCUCCUCUUAGUCAGGAGGUUGUGCCUGCUGAGAAAGAUGUGGAAAAGGCUGUGGAAGCAACAACCUCAAAACUGUCUUCGACAACUACUCCAAAGAAGACUCAAGUCAGUGAAAGCCAAGAUGCCAGUAAUGAUAAGGAGAAAGAAGUGGUAAAGAAGCUUAAGGAAUUAAAGAAAAAUCUAAUGAAACACAAACAACCAUCCAUGGUAAAAGAAAUAGAAAAUGAAGACAAACCUCAAGACAGCAAAAGCUCAACUCCUAGUAAGAAGUCAUUACCCCCAACACCAAAGAAAUCAAGCUCAGAGAAAAGUGAGGGUCGUUCAAAACGCAGACAAACAACUGGUGCCCUGGAGGCAUUGAUAAAAGAGAUACAAAAACAGGGUACAACUCCUGAUACUAAUUCACUUGCUGCUGCAAUAGCUAGUGUUCUACAAAAUCAUCUGAACUUAGAUGAUGGUGCCAAAAAACCUCAAUCCGUGAAAACCAGCGAAGUUCCAGGUCAAAAUACUGGUGACCUUGACAUGACUGUGACCUCUGCCCAGGCCUCCCUUGGACAGAAUCAGGCAUUACAGAAUCUUAACAUACCUCAGCAGUAUCAUUCGCAGCUGUUAGGGCAGACAAUGUCCCUUCCUAUGCAUCAGUAUGCAGGAAACAUGGCGCUGUAUUCAGGGCUUCCACAGUUUCAGUUCCAGCAGGAUCCAGUUACUGGUUACCUUCAACUUGUGCCUGUCAAUGUUGUUCCCAUGAGACCUCAAAGUGUGCAUAGCAACUGUGGAAGUGUUCACAGUUCGCGGGAGUAUGCCUCUCCGACAGGUUCUGGGACAAUGAUAAAGGACAUCAGCUCCCCUGACCUUUCACCCAAGAUGUACAGUACAAACCAUGGAGAAAUCGGCAAUGCUAGUGCAAUAUCUGACUCCUCAAACACUCGGGGUAAAUCUACACAUGGUCGGACUGCUAAAGAUCUUGUACAAAAGACUGCUAAUUUACGUGCCAAAAACUUGGGAAGACCUUCACCUUCUAAUGUUCAAAGUGUACCUCUCCACAUGAAUGGUGGUUUGCAUAAAUGGAAAUCUGAUCAUGCACUUGAUCGUGUAGAAACUCAGUUUGAUUCAGAUAAGGCCAAACAUGCUUCAUACUCUAGUCUUUCAUUCCAAAACAAACUAUCAGCCGGUUUUGUUUAUGAUGACUCUAUGUUAAAUCAGAGCCCAUAUAAGCAUGGUCAGAUAUCCCGGCCGGCCAGUCACUAUGGUAAUCAGGGGUCUCAAUUAAGAUCACCAGACGAGAACAAUAGAUUGAAUAUCAAUUCCACGACCUCCUCUCCAUCACCUUCCACUCAUGACAGCGGUAUAGGGGGCAUGAACCACGGGACCUAUCGGGGUCUUGGCCCUGUGUCAGAUGCCAGUCUCAUGGAACGGUUGCUAAGCAAUGUUAAUGUCAAACAGCAGAGGGUUCUGGGUAAAGUUGUGCAUUUGCUCAGGGAAGUGUUUGCGUUUGAUGGGUAUAUGGAGAACGGUGUGGAAGAUCUGGCAAUGGCUGAGUACAUUUGCUCUCUGGGUGCCUUGAAAUGGGAAACAUUUAAAAGUGCCAUCAGUGAGAAGUACAGCGACCUGUACUUCCAGGACGAGUUAUUGUGCAACUUGUAUGCAGCUGUCAAUAGCAACCAGCCUUCCGUGUCAAGACACAGUUCUGGAGGUGGGCAAAACAGGGUACCAGCAAGCCAUACCUUGCCAAAGCCAAGACAGAGAGGGAACCAGGAUGAAGAUUCAUCUGGCCAUUCAGAAUGCAAUGAAGAUCAGAGAAAGGACACUUCUCAAAAUAGAAUUCAAAUGCAAUUAUCUCCCUCAAAUGGACACCUAGAUAACCCCAGAAGCCCAGAGUCAGAUUCCACAGACAGUGAGACCUACACAAAGAGAAGACGGGUGAAGACGAAACAUGAACUGGACAAAAUGAAAAGUGGUCACCAAUUGGAAAUUAAUAAUAUCGGUGGAACAAAUGGUGUGGCUUCCAAUUCAGAACUUGUAAAUGGUACUGAUGAAACCAAACCACCAAGAGGACCUAGCUCUAGCUCUGUUAGUUUACCCUUGACAAACUUGCCAAACAACACAGUGUCUGUAAUGAAGCAGCCAGUUGUUGAUACUAAACCUCCCCACCCAGCCAGUACUUUGCCAAAGAAUAAAAGAGGCUCUCAGAUUAUUGAAGACAGCCAAACAAAGAACGGGAAGCAGUCACAGAUACCUAACAAUGACCAGCAUAACUCCACACAGUCCCAACCAACUGUCAAUGGGGUAAACGGAACUCUAAGGUCAGAGGUCAAUGUGACCGGACUAUCAAGGGAGAUAAGCAUCUCCUCCCACAGCAGCUGCCAGUCUGACCUUGACCGAGAGGUCACCGAGUGCAUUGCCAUGGAGAGGAAAGGUCACGUGGUGUACCACUGGGCCAUGAUUCAGCUGAACAUGUCCCAGGAUAUGGACCGUUUCAUGCAGGAUAUUGAUGAGCAGAACAGUGCGAUGCUGACAAGUCGCCUCUCUGAGCUGGAUCAGCAGCUCAAGAUGGAGAAAAGGAUGCGUAAAAAAACACAGAAGUUCUACAAGGGUCGCAUUGAGGUCAACAAGAUGCUCAUUGAGACCAGCAAAAAUGACAAAGCUGCGAAAGGUGAGAGGAAUCAGAUUCUACAGGUGGCCAAAGACAUCACAGAGAUGACCAAGAAGAUCAACUUCCUUGACCUCUGCAAAACACACAUACAGAUGUUGCUGGCUGAGCUCCAAGGUAUAGACGUGAGCUACCUGCACUCCAUCACGGUGUGUGGCCCAGGGCAGCCCCUACAGCUCCAGCCACGCCCUGACAACCCCCUGCUCCAGUUCCAGACCAUACGGGAGCCACACUCGGGCUGUGAGAUACAGGCUCUUCAUGCUGGAACUCCCGAGGGGCUCAUGGCCUACUUGUUUGCAUCCACUGCUCUCAGUGAUGGCUAUAUUCAUCAGUUCCUGUUCUGCUUUCGCUACUUCACAACUGCAGAAAACGUGCUUAAUUUCCUCACCUCGAAAUACGCGUCGGCAACCAAGUCAGGGUCCACUGAGGUGAAUAUCUCACGGCUCCAGCAUCGUGUCAUAGAUCUCCUGCUCUUUUGGAUUGAAGGAUAUUUCAGCAUAGAUUUCAAGGACAGACCCGCACUGAUUAACAGCAUCAGAGAGUUCGUGAGGGAUAACAUUCCCGAAGACUCAGAGAGAGGUCAAAGUGUAAUGGCGCUGCUUAGCAACUGUAUCUCAGGACACAACCUUGAACUUUCAACCUCUGACCCAGAUGAGUCUGAUAUGGUCUUCUGGCAACGAACUGAUAAACAGAAGCCAAGCAGUAUGGAGAAGAAGAAAGAGUGGGACUCCUUCAGAUCUCUUGUCCGCGGAAAAACUACGGGAAAAGAGAAGGGUAAAGUUAAGAUAUCUGCAGUGGUCGUUGAGAGACGUAGGAAGAGCAAUGAAAUGCCUAUGUUGGCACCUCUGGGCAAGCCUGUGUCUCGUAGGACAGAUAUGUUCAUGCUGGCCGACUACUCAGCCCAAUGCCUCGCUGAGCAACUCUGCCUCAUGGAACAGACGAUAUUCCAGGCGACCCACCCUGUGCACUAUUUGGACUCUAAGGCCCAGGGGGUCGGGGUGGCACUCACCAUGAAGGGAAUGAGGACACCCGCACCUGUCAGGAGGAGUUGUGUGGAGGAAGGGUUCGGCCUGUUUGUGGAUCCUGUACGUGACAACCAGGCCAUGCAGACCAUGAUCGACCACGCCCAGGAAGUGACGCACUGGGUUGCCACGGAGAUAGUCUCCUGUAGUAAUCCAAAGAUGCAAUUGGCUAUUCUGUCCAAGUUCCUGUUCAUUGCAUACGCGUGUAUGGAGUUACGUAACUUUGCCACAAGCAUGGCCAUUCUUGACGGGUUAGAAAACCUGAUUGUGAAGCAGCUUCCUGCGUGGAAGAAUCUGCCGGGCAAGUGCUCCAACAUUGUCCAGGAACUCAAUGACAAACGGAUGUUCCUGAAGAACGACCCGAUGUCGCUGAUGCAGCAAGGCAAGGACUGCCACCUGUAUCCCACAAUCCCCUCUGCAGUGUACUUCCUGUUGCACAUACAGCAGCAGGAGAUUGGUGGAUUUAAACUGGCCAAUCAGAUGUUCAAGUGGAGCAAAAUGAGGUCUAUAAGUCAGGUGAUAGACCAGAUCCGUCUGUACCGUGAGCACACGUAUGGGUUUGACCCGGAGCCCUCCCUACAGGAAACGCUGAGACAGAGGAUGAGAGAGAUGUCCACACAGGAUGUGCAGGACCUCGCAUCUCAGAACGAGAUCAACUACCAGAAGAUGUCGUCUAGCUCUGGGCUGUCUGGGGCACUGAAGAAAGUCAGGGGAAAAUUCCAUGCUAAAUAGUAGUGGUAAUGUACAUGUAACAUGCUGUUUGGACACUAAAACAAAGUCAAGGGAUAAUGCCAGGCUAAAUGGUAAUGUAACAUGCUGUCUAUAACCCUGAGCAGUAAAUUGAAUCUUUCUGAUUGCUCUAGAGGCUCUCAGUUGAACUGCAGAAAGGUGAAAAGACAUUCCAGACAAAUGUGCCGUUACUCCUCUAGCUGAUAGCCAAGGCUGUCCUGGCCUGAAAACAAAGUUGGACAGUUAUUACAAACUAAACAAUGUCUCAUUGAAAUGUCUGGUUUGACAUAGAUCACAAGUAACAAGAGCAUGCAUGUGAAAAGCUUUGACACUCCUUCAUUUCAAUGGCUGUAACAUAGACACUUAGUGUAGAGGAGGGCAGACGAAGGUGGACAUUAACAACUGCUGUACACGCUCAGUUUUUGUAAACCACAUAUAGUUUUGACACCAUCGUGUACAGAGAAACAGGGAAAAUGAUGUCAAAUUUGAACAAAAACUAUAACCUCAGACCAAAGCUUAGCUGGACCAACAUGAAGUGCGAAAAGAAGAAUAUAGAAGUGGAUAUCUGAUUGUAGUAAUAUUGGACAUAAAUGGGUUUUGGAAAUUGAAAACCCUUUUAAGAAUAUUUUUAACUUAAUAAUACUUAAAUAUUGUUAGUCAGGAAAAAUUCACUACAAAGAUUUGUCACUAGUUAAAAUAAAUUUUAGCCGCCUCAUGCGAAAAUGGUCUUAGGGAAUGUUGGACCAGUGUAGCAUCUGCACAGUCUGGUCAGGGGCUACCCUCUCUGUUAAUGAAACCUUGCGUGACUUUGUAGCAAACAGCUGGGUAGCUCCUGACCAGACCUGCAUUAAUGCUAUACUAGCCUCGAAUGGCAUAAGACCAAUUUUUGCAUGUCGUGGCUUAUGGAAGGGAAUAUCCGCCAGUCCAUGCAUGAUGUUAAAUGACAGUCUCAUUUUAACUACUAGCACAUGCUUUCUGAUACAUUGAUACAUGGUAGUUGCAUUUUGCCUAGUUACAUUUGCAAUGCAAACACUUAUCUCAUUGUCACAUAUUGAUAAGUUUAUAAUUACUUCAUAUAUAUCUUUACUUCGUGUGUGUCAUUGACAACUGCAGUUAAACUUUUGGAAUUUGUAUUAAUGCUUAUUCUAAUGGCGUUCUUUCUUUAACUAUGUGCAUUUGGCUAUGUUGCUACUGAAUUUAACAAGCUGUUAAUAUCUUUGUGGAUCUAUAUUUCUUCUUAAGUCGAUUGCUAGUGCGUCUCUGAUUUAGAAUUAGUCUUCGGUUUUGAAUACACCGCCAUUAUAAAUAGUUCACAAUGGGAACCAGUACUAAAAAACCUAAUUCCAGUGCAAAUUGCAGCGUAAAUUACUAUUGCUGGGAGAUCACUCUAAACAUUAAAAUCAAAAUCUCCGGUAUUAACCGUGAUACAUCGACUAUCUCUGGAAUCCUCCGUAAAAAAGCGGUGAUAGAGUAAAAAACUUACCUGUCUACAAAAUGCCUUUUGUUUUGCUUGGAGGUCAUAAAAACUAAAUAGUUUCCCUUUAUAAUUCAAUGUAAAAGUGACAACUUUAAGCGAAAAUAAAUGCAACAUUUUGCACAUAGAGACCCCCAUAACCAUACCUUUUCUUAAAGGCCAUUCUAAGCGGAAUCGAUUUACGCAAUAAAAAAGAUAUGUCAUGUUCAAACGAAGACAUUCACUUCUUCAUUUCUACACCGAUUUACUUCCAAAUUAUACUGAAUAUCUCUUAUGACAAUACGGUCAAUCUCAACUAUGCAUGGCCCCAUUACCAACCCUGGGGUACCCCCUGGGUCAAACAUGCGGCGCGGGGAUACGCGUCGGCCUCUGCCGCACCAUUUCUAGUUGUUGAAUUCAAUAUGAAUUGCUAUGAAUGGAAUAGUGAGAACUGUCUGUGCUUCUUUAUUAUGGUAUUGUUUAUCAUAAAUACCAGUUUAAUUUAUCAUCUAGUGUGAAUAGCUUUUACAUGAAAUGCAAAUUGUGUUGUUUUGGAAAGAUAAUUGCAUCUUGUUGUAAAUAAUGAAUAAAUCUUUUUUUAUUUGAACGAUUAUGAGAUUUUCAAUGAAUAGCAAACCACUAUUUUGUCAUUGGAUAAAUUUCUUAAUUGAAUGAAUAGCAAACCACUAUUUUGUCAUUGGAUAAAUUUCUUAAUUUUACGGGCAUUGCUUUAACGUUUGAGUCUGGCUCUGGGAAAAUUGGACUCAGGGACAACACUUUCCGUCAGAGACUUUUUUAUCAAAAAAUUCCAUUUAGCGAAAUUUCAUCGCUGAUUUGCCCUGAUUAACACUUGACACACAUGCAUUAAGACCCAUAUUCCCAGACCGAGGCUCAAUUAUGUUGUUGUUGUUUUUCUUGUAAUGACCGUGGAUGAAGUCAUCCAUCAUGAAAAAGCGUGUCAAAAUAAUCUAACUACUGAAUAACCUUUUUUACAAUUUUAUUAGAAAAUAUAUGUACUACAUGGCAUACUGGUUAAAUAAAUAUUAGGAUGAAACACACAUUGCAUAAACAUCAUCUGAAAACAAAAUGAUCCCUCUGGUCCUGUUGCUAGUGUAUCCCACACAUACUGCUUAUGACAAGACAUAUGCAACUUUACCAUUAUCAUACAAUUGUUUUCAAAACAAUCCAUAAACUGGUGCAAUAUAAGUUAAAAACCUACAUAUGCAUGUGAAUUGCACUACUGCAUUCAGGGGUCCGUCUUAUCAAAGAUCGUACAACAAUAUUAACUUAAGAUUGACUUUUGUUAUUCUAGAAUAUAAGUGAUUAUGAUCUGUAUGUUUCAAAUAUCAAGGAUAUAUGACCGCUACUUUGGAAAUUAAAAUUAAAUUAAAACAUAUAAUCAUUUCUAUAUAAUUUUGGAUUGGUGUGCUAAGAUGUUGAUUGUGUACAUUUCUAUCUGAAUGUAAUGCGGCUAUUUUCUAACUUAUGUUUUAUAAGAUAUGUUAUGUCAAAAUACAAUUUAUUAUGGCUAUCUCUUUGAAAAAGGUCUGCAGUGUUUGAUUAAGACAUUUAUCACUGUAACACAUAAACUUAUGACGACAUUAUUUAUUCAUUUAUGUAUACAAUCGUUUGCACAGAGGUUUUGGAAACAUCAGAAUAAAAUUGUGUAUGCAUUCCUCUGAA